GUUGUCGCGGUCGAAGGGGAAGUAUCCCAAGACAAGGACACCGCCGUCCGCCGUCACCAUGCCCUCUGCAACGUCGGGACGCAUUGUCAAGACCCAGCGGGGCUCAAAGCAGACACGCCACCAAAAGAACCACAGGUGGGAGUCAUUCAGCAACAAGAUCUCCAAGCUAAAAGCGCUCGACCCGCUGCGCAAAGUCCGUCGCCACGAUCUCGACGCCGAAGACCUCUCCGUGACCACCUCGUACCUUCGGAAUGGCUUGGAAAAAUGGGCCGAACUCAACUUAUCCCGGCCGUACAUGGCCUUCAAGAGGGAGAUCAACCCUCUCACCGAAUCGCUAGCCCAGAUCCUCUACCAUGAGGACCGCAUCAUGGAUCUGCUCGCCGAGUACAUAGCGCGACACGAGAAGGACGCCCUUGAGCCGCUGUUGGACCUGGUUGCCGCAUUCGCGCGAGAUCUCGGGAUACGCUUCGAAAAGCACUACCCUCGUGCCCUGGGCUUGGUCGUUGAUCUUGCGAGCAAGAUGCACGACGUCGAGGUCAUCGAGUGGACCUUUGCCGCUCUUGCCUUCCUCUUCAAAUACUUGUCACGACUACUCGUCCCCGACCUCAGACCGACCUACGACACUGUGGCACCUCUCAUGGGCAAAGUCAGGAAUCCCGGACAUAUUGCUCGCUUCACUGCCGAGGCCAUGAGUUUCCUCGUCAAGAAGGCGGCAGCUCCCAGCCACAAGGAUAAAGCAUUGACGCUGUUCGUUGAGCAUGUGAGGAGGGACCUUAGUGAUACGGUCGGGACGAAGCAGUUUGAACUGUACAGCCAGGGCGUGAUGACCAUGUUUUCCGAGGCGAUAAAGGGGGUGGGCGGCAGUGUGCAUACAACAGGGUCGGAGAUAUUCGCCUCCCUUCUACGGCUUGUUCCUGACGAAGAACUGCAGCUGUCUGGGCAGACGGUAUGGACAGAUGUCUGCUGCGGUGUGCUCACCAGUAUCAUCCAUCACUCAACCGUGGAUACGUUCAACACCAUUGAGGCGAAAGUAGUUGAGGAGGCAAUGGCCGGUGAACGGCUAGCUCUCUUCAUCCAGAUUCUGGGCAUCAUGGCGGGUGUGCGGAAAGGCACCCGUAUCCAUGAUUGGCCAUCCCUUGUGAAGGCGCUUGGCCAGUUAUUGGGGGCCUUUUCCGCCCAAAAAGAACAAGUUGAGGCAAUGGAUCCUUCUCAAGUAUGGCAAAGAGUUGUCGUCAACGCGGCCAUUGUAUGGAGCCGGGCUCCCAUGGACGCUAUUCUCCCGACCCUCUCUACGUUCAACGCUACAAUGAUCAAGGAACCGCUAAUGCGGUGGUACAUCCUUUUCUGUUCAUACUUGGCCGAUCUAAAUCCGGAGAGGUUCCGUGGUCUUUUUGUCAAAGAUUUCCAAAAGUUCAUUGUGUCACACUGGUCCCGGAACGGGAACGAAGACACGCUCUGUGUACUUUUGCCGCGCAUGGUUGAGGUUGGAGGACUCCCGGCCCCUGGUGGGAAAGAGACCUUCCAGCUCCCGCAGUCGUGGCAGGAUCAGAUCGUCAGCAAAUUCGUCAGGCUCGGGGAUACACCGUUUCCGGAGAGCGGCGGAUUUGGAAAGGACCCGGACACAUGGCGAGACAAAUGUCUGCCUAAGUACUCGGCGCGGUUACGCGUUCUCGAGUCGACAUCGGUGCAUCCAUCCACGAACGCUAGGAUUGCGGAGGUCUUGCUCAAGAAGUUGAAGCUUGCGCUCCGGCCGUCCUCAUCUCUGCCAACGGACGAGGCAAACUUCAUCGUCAGCGAUGGCCUCCGCGCCUAUAUCCGAAUGUGUGCAGCUGCGGGCUCUCUUGAUCCUAGCCUGGCACCUUUGUUGAGAGCUGCGGCGCCACGAUUUUGUCGGUCACCAGCGUUUCUCGAAGCUCUGCUGGCUUACGAGCGAGAAAUUAGUGGCAAGCUUCAACAGUCACCUGGAACGGGCAGCGAAGACAGCCAGCGAGAAGAAGAUCCUUUGGUCAAGUGCCUGACCGACAAUCUGUCCACGUCGUCCCACGAACUCCGGCUUGCCUCUCUAAGGAUCCUCGAGCUUUUGGAGUUCGCCCCUGAUUCGAACUCUGCGCUGGCUACAAUGAUUCAGGUAGAAGAACUACCCCUCAACUUGCAGAGUGUUCGAACCAUCGCCGUGCACCUGCGGAAGCUCAGUCAAGUCUACUCCCACAUCGAGCAAGACUCAUGGCUGACCCGGGCCGUUCCUGCCUUCUUGUUCGGUAUGACCACGGUGCCCCUGGCUCCGGUCUGGGAUGAUGCGGUUGAAGCAAUGAAGAAGGUGGCAGAGAGCAAACCCGGCGAAGAAGCGCUGGCCGAGAUCGCGUUCAACUGGUUAGAAGUCCCGUCCCCGCAGUGGUCAGGGCCGUACAAGCCUCCUGCCGACGAUCAUCACGGACCCUUGAGCGAUUUCGCGUGUCUCAACCUUAUGAAUAUGCGCGAGACGUCUGGGCUCACGGGAAGCGUCAUGGAUGACCCCUCGCGUGAUAUGCUGGACACCUUUGAAGAGGGCCAGAAGAUCAUCGAGCCUCUCUCGGAAAGGGCCCGCGCAAAGGCACUCAAGGCCUUCACUGCAUUGCCAGGUCUAGCUGAGAAACGGUCUAGGAGGCUAGUGCCGCAUUUGUUCUCUUUCACUGACCAGGCCGAGACGCCAUCAGAAGCGGCCGGGGAUGAAGACGAGGAGUCCUUGGAGGGGAGCUGGUCUCUCCCCGACAGGAAAGCGCUCGUUGGGGUGUUCGCCCAGUUCAACAAUCCAAGAGUGUUGUACCAGAGCGAGAGGGUGUAUCAAUCUCUGCUAAAGCUGUUGGCGAACGGUGACCUCGAGUUACAGAAGCUGGCCCUCAAAGCGAUCCUGGCCUGGAGGAACGAUGCGAUCAAACCAUAUCAAGAACACCUUGAAUACCUUCUUGACGAGGCCAGGUUCAAGAACGAGCUCACUGUUCUAUUCCAAGGAGACAACCAGAUCCGACCUGAGCACCGUUCCGAGGUCAUGCCAGUUCUCCUUCACCUGCUGUACGGCCGCACGAUCUCCAAGAAAGGUGUGGCUAGCGGCCGCCAUGGCCUCCAUGCCACCCGUCUAGCUGUCAUUCGACAGCUCAACGUGGAAGACAUGGGUAGCUUCCUCGAUAUCGCACUCGGCGAGCUCCGCGGUAUUCGGGUUGUCGAUGCGCAGGGGCUCCGCGAGAGCGCGGUUACACAAGAGGUCCUCCCUGUUCGGAAACAGGUCGGUCUCCUGAACAUGAUGGAGGCCGUCAUAAACGAGCUCGGGACCAGUGUUUCAUCCUAUAUGGAUGUGCUUGUCAACGCGGUUCUCUAUUGUCUUUUCUUCUCCAUCCGGCAGCUGGGUGGAAGCUCCGAGGACCAAGAGACCGAGGAAUCCGACCAAGUCCAGAAUGCAUCCUUGUAUAAAGCGGUGCGCACAACUGCGUUGAAGUCGCUGUGCAAACUAUUCCAGAAUGCCGAAGACUUCGAUUGGACUCCGUACCGGGAGGUAAUGGUCAAGGAGAUCAUCAGCCCCAGGAUCGAGAAACUUCCCAUCGAGACGACUCAGGGGGUUUCGGCGACCUGGAAACUCCUCGGCACCUGGUCUUCCCUGCCUCACUCGGCGAUGUUUCUCUCCGUAGACAACAGGAUCUUACCCAAGAUCGUGGAAACGCUCGGGGUCGAAAAGGCCAGGGAUGAAGUCAAGGUCUACGCGCUCGAGACCCUCAAAAAUCUCAUCAACCUCGCGCAAGCUACCUCGGUCGAGUCAGCGUUCAAUGAACAGGUCAAGGUCCAGCUGUUGGGUCCCAACAUUGAUCUCAUCCUCAGAGGUAUCAGCAGCCUGCUCCGCGAGCAACAUGAUAUCGGCCGCGACCUGCUGGGGAGCUCGGUGGACACCGUUGUCGCUCUUGCUCCUAUGGUGGAAACGUCUGCCAGCGUUCAGGACAUUGUCGAGAUUGCCACGUUCCUGCUCAACCAGCCCCUGCGCAAGGUCAACCCCAAGGUCAAGGGAUCAAUCCUGUUGAUCCUCAAACAGUUCAUUAUCUUGGAAGAGCUCCAGGGUAAUGCGGAGUUGAAGCACAAGGUCUAUAAGACCAUCGCUUCGCUGUUUGGUUUCUUCAAGGACAGACAGAAUCGGCAGACCCUUGCCGAGGUCCUCUCUGUGUUUGCAACCCGAGAAGCGUGGGCACAGGAGGUGGCCGACAUCUGCCGUGACCUCAAUGCAUAUCACGCGAGGCGCUUAGAUGAGCCGGACUACAACGCCCGACUCUCAGCCUUCAAUACCAUUGCCAAGGACCGCGACACACCUUUCACCAUUAACCAGUGGAUGCCAGUGGUUCACAACCUUCUCUAUUACAUCCAGCAGGAUGAGGAGUUUGGCGUGCUCUCGACCAACUCGGCUGACGGUCUUUGCAAGUUCAUUUCGGCAGCUGAAUCCGCCUGGACGGGGCCACAUCAAGCAGAGUUCGUCGAGGUGCUGUCAGACGUCAUCUUACCAGCCAUCUACUCAGGGGCGAGGGAUGCUUCGGAGACGGUCCGCCGCGAAAUAUUGCGCUUGUUCGGCUUUCUCGUCGCGCAUCUGCCCCAGUGGGAGCCGGUUACUGACCUCACUCCCUUGGUUCCCGAAUCCCAAGAGUCCGACAAAGCCUUCUUUUUCCACGCUCUCAGCCCGGCGGUGUCCAGGCAGCUGCAGUCGCUCCGUCUGCUGGAGGCGGCCAACGAGAACAGCGAGCUGCGCAGCAAACACAUCAGCCAGUUCUUUAUCCCGCUUCUCGAGCACUUCAUCUUCGACCGGCCCGAGUCUGGCGACGACCAUGGUUUGAGCGCGCAGGCGACAAAUACCAUCGCCGCUCUGACUGCAUCUCUGGAAUGGCAGCAAUACCGAGCCAUCCUCCGGCGGUUCGUGUCGUAUGUCGAGUCCAAGCCAGAGUGGCAAAAGCGUGUUAUUCGUCUUUUGGAGAAGGAGAUAGAUGCUCUGCGCAUAGCAGUUUCUCAGAGGCCCAGCGAUGCCAUGGACGUCGAUGGGGAGCCGGCCGGAGCGAAGCCGCGCCGUCUUGCCACUACGCUGCCUGACCAAGAGAAGCUCUGUGGCGAGAUCGCGAACACUUUCCUGCCAACACUCCUGAAGUACAUCCAUGAGAAGGACGAGACGACCGUCAGUGCCAGGGUUCCGGUGGGAGUCAUUAUCGCCAAGCUCCUUACCCUUCUUCCGGAUGAGCAGCUCAAUGAGAAGCUCCCCGGCAUGCUCACGGAUAUCUGCCACAUCCUCCGGAGCAAGUCAUGGGAGUCUCGCGAGAUGGCCCGGGAUACACUCGCGAAGAUAUCCGGCAUCCUUGGCCCUCAUAGAUUCGGCUUCAUCCUCAAGGAACUGCGGGGCGCGCUUUCGAAGGGGUACCAGCUGCAUGUGCUAUCGUAUACGCUGCAUUCUAUUCUGUUGGUGGCCAUCCCGGCAUUCAAACAGGGCGAUCUCGACUACUGCCUGUCUUCCAUCGUGGCUGUCAUCAUGGAUGACAUAUUCGGAGCCACGGGCCAGGAGAAGGAUGCGGCAGAGUAUGUGAGCAAGAUGAAGGAGGUGAAGAGCAGCAAGAGUCAAGAUUCCAUGGAGUUGAUCGCCAAGACCGCAUCCAUCACCCGCCUCAGCGACCUCACCUUGCCUCUUCAGUCGCUGCUGCUGGAGAAGCUCGACUUGCGCACGGUCCGAAAGAUUGACGAGCUUCUCAUCCGUAUCACGAAAGGCCUCUUGGAGAACCCCGCCGCUGCCUCCCGGGAUGCGUUGAUCUUCUGCUACGAAGUGAUUCAAGAGGUGUACAAAAGCCAGAAGCCGCAGGACCAGCAGCCGAUCGACCCCCGCCUUCGGAGGUAUAUCGUUCAGAAAGCUGCCAAGAGGAGCGAGGGCGGCGUUACCAGCAAGCACACAUACAAACUCGUCCGGUUUGCCAUCGAUAUCCUCCGAUCCGUCCUCAAGAAGCAUGACCACCUCCGCACACCGGGCAAUGUCGAAGGAUUCCUCGGUAUCUUGGGUGAUUCCGUCUUGUCCGCUGAAGAGGAAGUCAAGGUUGCAACAUUCAAGAUCCUCACCGUCCUAGCCAAGGUUCCAUUCAGCAACAGCGACUGGAGCAAGCUCUACUUGGUCGCUCACAAGGAGGCGGUCAAGGCUAUCGCCCUCUCCCCAACCACAGCGUCCGACCUUGCCCAAUCGGCCCUCAAGCUCAUCUCUGUCAUCCUCCGCGAUCGCCGCGACAUACCGAUGAGGGAUGCCGCUCUAGAUACGCUGCUCAGCAAGCUGAGGGACGAUCUGACGGAGCCCCUCUACCGCCAUGUGACGUUCAACUUCCUGCGAUCUGUGCUCGACCGUAAGCUCGAGACGGCUUCUGUGUACGACACGCUCGACCAUGUCGGCACCGUCAUGAUCACCAAUGAAGACAAGGACACGCGAGACCUCGCGCGUGGCGCCUUCUUUCAAUUCCUGCGCGAGUACCCGCAGAAGCGGAACAGGUGGGAGAAGCAACUCAAGUUCAUCGUCGCCAAUCUCAAGUAUGAGCGCGAGGGUGGGCGGCUCUCUGUGAUGGAGGUCAUCAAUCUGCUGCUGAAGAAGUCAGCGGACGAGUUCGCGCAAGAGGUGGCGGCCACGUGCUUCAUUCCGUUGGUCUUUGUGCUGGCCAAUGAUGAUAGUGGGAAGUGCCGACUGGCGGCUGGGGAACUGAUCAAGGAGAUCUUCCGAGUUGCCGACAGGGAGCGCCAGUCCAAGUUCAUGACGCUGUUGCGGUCGUGGGCGGAACAGGACGGGAACCCGGCAGUGCUCAAGCUCGCCCUGCACGCAUUUGGGCUCUACUUUGAAGGCCGGCAGCCGAGCACGAAGGACAAUAAGGACCUUGGCCUUGUUACCGGCAAACUUGGCAAGGUGCUCGGGGAUGAAGAAGCUCUCGAGUCCGACUGGGAGUUAGCCAACACCGCGCUCACCACGCUUCAGACACUGGUCCAGGUCCAUCCGCAGACGGUUCUGGCUCCGGACACAGGAGAGUUAUGGUCAGAUGUCCAGGCUUGCUUGGCGCACCCCCAUCUCACCGUAAAGCUCACUUCCAUCAAGCUUCUCAGCAUGUACCUGGCCGACUUCGCACGGAACGCUGGUAAAGGCGUUCAGCUGCCCCUUACAGGAUCGCACGGCCUGGAGCUUGAUGGGGAAGACGUUAAUGAUCUGGUCCGGCUGUCGCUUGGCAUCCUCUCUGCUCCCGAAGUCGACGAGGCCCUUGCGCAGGAGGCCGUCCAGAUCGUCAUGUUCCUGGGCGGUUUCCUCGACGCAGACAAGACCGAAGACGAGGAAGGCGACGAAGCGGAGGAAGACGAGGAUAACGACUCCAAGGAAUCCGCGCGGCACGCCGACAUGAAGUACCUCUUCUGGAAGCUGGCCUCCAUCAUCCGCAAGGAGAGGCAGCCCAAGCCCGAGAUGCUGGUCAGCAAGCUGGCCGCCAUGGAUCUGCUCGAGGCCUUCUGCGUCAAGACGCCGACCGAAACGGUCCUGGCCUCGGCCAAGACCAUCCUCAGGCCACUGCGCAACCUCACGGACCCGUCCAUCCGGCAGCCCUUCUCGCUCAACGAGUUGUUCAAGACGCGGUACGAGGCGCUCAAGACCAAGGCACAGUCCGUCAUGGGCACGCUGCAGCGGCGGCUGGGCAGCGCAGAGUACACCAAGGCGCUGCUGGCGGUGGGCGAGCACAUCCGGGAGAGGAGGCAGCAGCGGUCGAGCAAGCGCAAGAUCGAGGCGCUGACGGCGCCCGAGAAGUACGGGCGGGAGAAGCGCAAGAAGUUCGAGAAGAAGAAGGAGAAGCGGAAGGUCAGGGGCCGGGAGCAGAGGGAUCAGCGUAGGAUAUACCAGUAGACUGUUGUGUUGUGUAGGUUUGCUACAGGUAGUUUGUUUUGCCAGGGUGGUCUUUUAAGGUGGAGUUGUUAUCAAGACAGUAUACUACACAAGAGAAC